GGGAAUAAGUCGUGGUGCAGUUGUCAUAGACAUGUCGUCGUCAGAGUCAACAACAAGCGAUGUAGAAUACCUCGAUCACGUCCACGAAUGCCUUAAAUACGUGCCUAUUUACAUGAAAGGUGCAUUUUCGUGUUCAUCACUCGACGACGACGACGAAUACAAUGAAUGUGACGAUGAGGAUGUGAAACGGAUUUUGGUGGAGUACAACGAGCCUAAAUCGGAAGACUGCGAAAAAGCGAAAUUUUCACCAGCUUAUAAGGAAGCGAUGGCUGCGGUGAUAUUGGAAAAAGACUUCACGUCGGUGAAUGGAGUGACCGACGAAAACUACAAGGAUUGGGACGAAGCUCUGAAAGACGUAAGUAUGGUGUACCCACCUCUAGGGAUUAGCCGAGUCGCUUCCAGGACAUUGGAAGACCUGGAAUUAAAUAAUCUAACUUCGGAGCUUUGUACAACUAUUUAUGCAGUCAGCUGUGGUGUAGAUAACAACGACAAUGAUAAUUGCGACAACAACCGCCUUACACAUAGUUCUACAGCCUGGGAACUGAGGAAAUGCUUAGAAGGAGCCCUGUACGGACAAGACACCAAAGAUUUUAUCGUGGCACAACCAUAUUGUGUGGCCAACAAGAAUUUAGACUUUGGAAAACCAAAAAUGUCUCAUAAGGCCAUGAACGAUUCCAGGAAGAAAGUCGAAAACUGGAUGAGAAAAUACGCUCAAGAAGAAGAUACAAAUACCACAAUAAUUAAUAGUUAAUACAAUUAUGUUAUGUAAGUACCCAUUUGUUGAGCAAUACAUGAUACAUAUGAAUCAUAACUGCAUAAAAAGGGAGCAAGAAACUCAGGGGUCCAUUACAUUUUUUUUCCUUUCAACACUUGUUUAAAAAACGCUAUUAGAACACAUAUCUUAAUUUUAAAAUUUAAUAUUUU